UUGAAGAGAUAAAAAAGCGGCUCGGAGCACGCGAUAAAUUUGAAUUCUAUUCUCUCAUUAAAAAAACUAUAUAUUGAUGAAUUUGAAUCAUUUUUCUGCGAGGCCGGAAGAAUAAAUGAGAUUUAAAUUAUUUGAUGGACUGAUGUUGGAGUUUACCCGGACUCCAACUAGCCAUUAAUUGAAGUUUGACGAGUUUUGGAUUGUACCGCUUUGGGAAAAUCGAAGCAUGGGAAAUUAAAUGGAUCGACUGUUAACUGCACAUUACUAAUUCUGAAAAAAUCUCUGAUCAAAUUUCCAUUCGAGGCUUAAAAACAAAGAGUCAAAAUCGGGCGGAGUUUGAAAGUGAGCGGUGGAAUUGAGAACGAGAUUGGGCCGGGUUUGAUUAAAUUCGAACUGGGGCAAAAAUUUGAGGGUUUGACCAGGCGAGGGUAGUGCAGAGGGUGCAGAUUCAAAUGCAUUUCAGGUGAAAUUUGGCAGUAGUUCGCCUGUGUUGUGGUAAAGAUGAUAAAUCAGGCGAAGACGAAGGGAAACGUAAAUGGCAGAAUGGUUCCGUUGGCUGAGCUUCUGCGACUCGAGGUGAAGAAUGAGAAGUUGGAGCGGCCCAACAUUCGGUGCGGGCAGGCAGGGCAGAGUAAGAAAGGGGAAGAUUUUACUCUUAUCAAAUUGGAUUCUCACAAAAUUCCAGGCGACGGAGCCUCCCUCUUUGCCGUCUUUGCGAUUUUUGAUGGCCACAAUGGAUCUGCUGCAGCUGUAUAUUCAAAGGAAAAUUUAUUGAAGGAUAUUUUGAGUGCCAUUCCAGCAGGCUUGAGUAGGGACGAUUGGUUGUCAGCAUUACCGAGGGCUAUGGUUGCAGGAUUUGUGAAAACAGAUAAAGAAUUUCAAGUUAAAGGACAAACAUCGGGAACUACAGUUACUUUUGUUAUAGUAGAUUGCUGGACAGUCACUGUUGCAUCAGUUGGAGAUUCUCGGUGCAUUCUUGAAUCACCUGGAGGAUUGGUUUCUCUUUUGACUGCUGAUCACAGGCUCGAGGUCAAUUCUGAAGAGAGGGAGCGCAUAACAGCUAGUGGUGGUGAGAUUGGUAGACUGAAUACUGUUGGUGGAGCCGAGAUUGGGCCAUUGAGAUGUUGGCCUGGAGGCCUCUGUCUAUCUAGAUCUAUUGGUGAUAUGGAUGUGGGUGAAUUCAUUGUACCAAUACCGCAUGUAAAACAAAUCAAGUUGUCAAAUGCAGGUGGUAGGCUUAUUAUUGCAACUGAUGGUGUUUGGGAUGCAUUGAGUUCUGAAAAGGCAGCAAAUUGUGCCCGGGGCUUGAGAGCAGAACUUGCUGCAAAACAAAUUGUUAAGGAGGCUUUGAAGAUAAGGGGACUUAGAGAUGACACUACAUGCAUUGUAGUGGACUUGAUUCCACCUGAAAAACCUCCAUUACCACCUCCGGUGAAAAAGCAAGGCAUGUUCAAGUCAAUUUUCCGCAGGAGGUCCAAUAAUCCAACAUCAAAGACAGGGGAGAAGCAGCAAGAUACAGACAUUGUCCAGGAAAUUUUUGAGGAGGGAUCUGCAAUGCUUGCUGAAAGGUUGGGCUCAGAAUAUACAGUGCAGACAGUAUCGGGAUUGUUUGCUUGUGCUGUUUGUCAAACUGACAUCACACCCAGUGAGGGAAUUUCUGUGCAUGCUGGAUCCUUCUUUUCAGGAACAAUGCACUCUUGGGAAGGUCCAUUUCUUUGUGCAAGCUGCAAAUUGAAAAAAGAUGCAAUGGAGGGAAAGCGGCCAUCGAGAGUGUUAGUUACAUAGGUCUUUAUGAUCAGGUUGAACUCAUAUCUGAUGGGCAAAUUCAUUCACAACAUCACAGCUUGGAGGCUUGCAUUAAAUUUUCACUGUAAAACAUCUUGAACUGCUGGUUCAAGUGUAGAGUGAGCAAGCCGAAUCUAUAUGUAGUAAGGUGGAAUUGUAGUCACUCAAUUUUGAUCUCACUGUUGGAAGCAUGUAGUAUUUUAGGUGAUUCAUGUAGUAUUUUUGCUUCCAUCUUACUCUGCAUCAUAUGUGGCCGCCUCAAACAACUGGAAAUUUAAAUUUAUUUUUUCUUCCCUGGUUCUAUGAAAGAACCUUUUGGGGAAAGAGUCGCAACACAAACAUUUGAGUAUAGCAACAAAAUGUGUAUUGCUUGCUUUUAUCUCUUUUAACUUGUUACUAACCUUGAAUCCAUUUGUUCAAAUUAUUUGCUUUUA